GAAUCAUCCCGACGUGAUAUUGGUGCCGAUCGGUGAGAGAAUGAGCCUACGAUGCUCGUCGAGUCCGAACGAAGAAAUAACUUGGUACAAAGGCGACGAAGUAUUUAGACCUUCCUCGUCGAGAAUACGAAUGAUAAAGCAAUUGCUGAAGUUCAAAUUCGUCGAGCCUGAAGACGCGGAUUCGUAUGGUUGCUUAGUUCGAUCGAAUCUGACCGAUCGAACCGAAUGGAGGAAUGUGACGAUACGAACCGAAUCGUUGCAGAACGAUGGAUACCAGCACGAGGAGAGACUGGGAAUCACCCUUGGUGCCCAUAGAGCCGAGGAAGAAACGAACGAACUGGAGAUGGAAACGAGAAAUCUGCCGGAGACGCGGGCAUUGCAUUUGGACAGUGAAAACGCAGAGGCCGAUCUCGACAACGAGAAAAGUGUGAACGAAACGGCUGGAGAUCACAAUAACACCGCGCCGGAACGAGCUCCGUCUUUUAACAAAAGUGUGGAGAUGUCGAACGUGGUCGUGAAGCCCGCUGGCAACAUGUUACGUUUGAGAUGCCCGAGCUUCGGCAACCCGUGGCCGAAUAUCACCUGGUUCAAAAACAACGAGGAGCCGAAAAGGACGCUAGGAUCCGUGAUCGUGUCUAAGUGGACGUUCAGGCUGGAGGAUCUAGUACCUGAGGACAGCGGCAAUUACACUUGCGUCGUUUGCAAUUACCUAGGAUGCAUCAACCGCACCUUCAAAGUCGAAAUCGUCGAGACCGUGAAACACCGACCGAUACUGACCAGAGCUCCGAGAAACACGACUGUUCUGGUAGGGAGCAACGUUACUAUGAUCUGCGAGGUUCUAUCGGACAUGCACCGUCACCUCGAAUGGUAUCACGGUUAUCACACCUCUCUCGACACUAUCAACGAAAGCGAUCAGAGUUUGCGGGUGGAGGUCAAGGCAACAGGCGCGGAAAAUCCGGAAGUGCUGACGUUACACAACGUAACGAUGAAAGAUAAAGGCUGGUAUACUUGCAUCGCCCAAAACGCAUUAGGUGAAACAUUUAGCAGUGCCUAUCUUCAAGUAGUCGAGACCUUGGAAGAUCAAGGGAUGCCGUUAACGGCGAAACCGCAGAUUCUCGUGAACGUCCUCGCCGCCGUUCUGUUCAUCUUCUUCGCUGUGGGCGUGGUGGUAGUCAUAUACAUUUUCCAUCGUCUGAAGCGGGAGAAGAUGAAGAAACUGCUCGCGAUCGAAACGGCGCGGGCGGCGGUCGUCACUCAAUGGACGAAGAAGGUGAUCGUCGAGAAGCAGAAUCUGGUGAAUUCGCAGAAUGUUCAAGAACCGUUACUAAUGCCCGUGGUGAAGAUCGAGAAGCAAAAAUCUACCGUGGUCACGGAGGACAGUAACGGUGGAAGCAUCUCAGAGUACGAACUUCCGUUGGACAGCGCCUGGGAGUUGUCCAGAGAGCAUCUGACUCUGGGAAAUACCUUGGGCGAGGGAGCCUUCGGGAAAGUAGUCAGGGCGCAAACGAACGCCGGGAAACCUGGCAUUCCUAGCGUUGUAGCCGUGAAAAUGUUGAAAGAGGGUCACACCGACGCGGAAAUGAUGGACUUGAUAUCCGAGAUGGAGAUGAUGAAAAUGAUCGGCAAGCACGUGAACAUAAUCAAUCUGCUGGGAGCUUGUACGCAAGGGGGGCCAUUGUACGUGGUCGUGGAAUUCGCACCACACGGAAAUCUCCGCGAUUUCUUGCGGGAUCAUAGGCCUUCCUCAGGGUACGAGCCGACGAUCGGUCAAGAACCAAAGGAGAAGAAGACUCUCACGCAAAAGGACCUGGUGUCCUUCGCCUACCAAGUGGCGAGGGGAAUGGAAUAUUUGGCGAGCAGAAGAUGUAUCCAUAGGGAUUUGGCAGCUAGGAACGUGUUGGUCAGCGAUGAAUACGUGCUGAAAAUCGCUGACUUUGGUCUGGCCAGAGACAUUCAUUGCCACGAUUACUACAGGAAGACUACGGAUGGAAGGCUGCCUGUCAAAUGGAUGGCACCUGAGGCUCUGUUUCAUAGGGUAUACACCACUCAGUCUGACGUAUGGUCGUACGGGAUUCUGUUGUGGGAGAUUAUGACAUUAGGUGGGACACCCUAUCCGUCCGUACCAUCCGUAGAAAAAUUGUUCCAGUUACUCCGAACUGGUCAUCGAAUGGAGAAACCACCCUGUUGUUCCAUUGAAAUAUAUAUGUUAAUGAGGGAUUGUUGGAGUUACCAGCCCAACGAACGACCAAUGUUUGGAGAACUAGUCGAGGAUCUCGACAGGAUAUUGACGAUCACCGCGAACGAGGAAUACUUGGAUCUUGGCCUGCCGCAAUUGGACACGCCGCCUUCCAGCCAAGAGUCUAGCGAAGCCGAAGAUGACGAGGGCGAUGAGAAAUUCCCCUACUUACUGUAAGAAUCCGCGAAGAAUCGACGAAGAAUGUGUACAGUUAUAUGCAGAAAAACGAAGAACGAGAACGAAGAAACGGAAGAAGAAAAUGAACGAAGAUACACAGAAGAUCAGCGGAGAACGCUGGUGAACGAAAGUCGAUCGACUGACCUAGCGAACACGCCAAAUAAUAUAAAUCAGUAUUGACCUGUUUAGCGCGUAUUCCGUAGAGUUAAGAAGAUAAAAAAAAUCGAUCGAGGAAGAAACUCCGGCCUUCAAGGAGACUGAUUUUUUAACUGAAGAACACUGUAUUUAUUUUCCUCAUAUCUUAAUAGCCUGAGAAAUCGGAUUGAAAACGAUCGUGACUGAAAAACGAUCUUGCUAUGCCUGGAACAUUAUUUAUUGUUCCACGAGAUUCUUGUACGUUUCUCAGGUCCUGUUGUUCGUUGAAUGAUCAACAAACUGUAUCAAAGACUUUGGUGCAUAUCUGAACUACGUUCGCUGCCAAAGCAACAAGAUAAUAAUAAAUAACGUUUGUAAAAAAUUCUGAUGUCGUCCAAUUUUAUAUGUUACUAGCGUGCCAUUAAUGAGUGCCUUGGGAAAAAGAUACGGAGAGAAAAAUAAAUGUUCCGCCAGGGCUUCUUGUGUUCGUUAAACAAAAAAUAAAAUGAAUGGUAAUAACGCGACACGAGUGGUGCAUCGGUUUGCACGGGAGAGAAUCGUCUGAUAACGUGUUUGUAACUAGUCAAUUGAUAAAAACUUGUACGUUUCUCUGUAACAUAGCUCGAACGGUUAUUAAACUAUGUAUAAUGUUAAUUACUUUUAUGGACUUCAGUGGACAACGAACGCGUAUCUUCUAGUUCUUGUAGAAAGCGAAAACGAUUAUACACGUAGGUUGUAAGGAACGAUGAGUGACACGUUUCGCUGGCGUUCUAACUAAUUUUUACAAUUCUAGGAAUAUGAAGAAAUCGUUUAAAUACGUAGUGCAGCGGAAGUGUCCUCGUCGUGCAGAGACGAGUGCAAAAAGUCGUUCGAUUAAAGAUGUAUUGUAUAAUUUUCUACCGAAGCAACGAGAAAUAACUUUGCACGUGAUAGAUAAAAUAUAAACAGAAUUAUAAAUUUAUCGCAUCGUCCACGUGGAUGUACAAUGCAGAAGAGAUGUAUAAAUGGUGCAUGCGAGAGGUGCUUAGUAGUAGAUAAUUUAUUUCUCUGUAUAUUGUUACUUAGGUCUUACUUUAGAACGUUAACUCUUUUUUUUAUUAUCACUGGACAAACGAAGCGAGAUAUGUGUAAAAUAUAAAAUGAAUUAAUUAGUUAAUUACCGAAAAUUUGUAAAAGCGACAGGAAUUUGUACAUAGUACCGGCCUGUUUAUUUAAAAGUUUUCUCAUCUCUUUCUUUUAAUUUUUUUUUUCCGUUACCCUGCACCUAAAGGUAGACAGUAAAUCAGCAUUUACCAAGGUAGAUCGUACGUAUAGUCUGCGUAAAUAUUGGAUUAUUAUUGUAACGUCAGUUUCGUCUCGAAUAAAUCACUGGAAACUGUACCCACAUCA